AUGGAUCGUCGAGCCGAAUCAAAGCAGCUCGCAGAACAGUCCGAGGUCAUUCGCCUCAUCAAGGCCGAUACAGUGCCAUGGUAUAAAAAGCCCAACCUCCGGUUCCUCUACUUAUGCCUCAUACCUGCAGCUCUCGGUGUCGAGAUGACCACUGGCUAUGACGGCUCUGUCCUCAAUGGAUUGCAGGCAGUCGCUACGUGGCAGACCUACUUCAACUCCCCAAAAGGCGCUCUUCUCGGUGUGGUCAACGCAUCGUAUAACCUAGGAGGUCUCAUCACUUUGCCUAUUGUUCCGUAUGUCAAUGACAAGUUUGGCCGCAAGCAUAGCAUUACUUUUGGCUCUACUAUCCUCAUCAUUGGCGUCACUUUACAGUCUGCAUCUCAGAACAUUGGAAUGUUUCUUGCAUCUCGGCUCAUCCUCGGCGCCGGCAUCCCUUUCGCUGUGUCGGGGGCCUCACAGCUCUUGGCCGAGCUGACCUAUCCUCGUGAACGAGCCGUCAUUACCGGCCUCUUCAACACUUCUUGGUUCAUUGGCUCUAUCAUGGCCGCUUCUGUAACCCUUGGCACACAUACGAUGGGCAACGACUGGGGUUGGCGCAUCCCCUCGAUCCUGCAGGCUGCUCCUGCGGCUCUCCAGCUUAUCUUCAUCUGGUUCGUUCCCGAGUCCCCUAGAUGGCUCUUAUCCAAGGACCGCAGUGAGGAAGCUUUCGAUAUUCUCGUCAAGUACCAUGGCGAAGGAGACCGCAACUCGGCCCUCGUGAAUGCCGAGUUUAUCGAGAUAUCUGCACAGCUCAAGUUGGAAAUUGAAAACUCAAAAUCACGUUGGGUUGAACUCGUCCAGUCUCCUGGAAAUAGAAAGAGGACGCUCAUUGCUAUCUGCGUUGGCAUCUUUACCCAGUGGUCCGGCAAUGGCCUCGUGUCCUACUAUCUUGCCAAGGUCCUGGCAACGGUUGGUGUUACGGAUAAGAAGACGCAGAAUGUUAUCAACCUGUCUCUCUCUUGCUGGAUGUGGAUCUGCGCCACUGGAAGCGCCUUUUUGACCUCUUUCCUGCCUCGCCGUAUCCAAUAUUUGACCGCUUUUGUCGGUAUGACUAUCGUCUUCUCUCUUUGGACUGGUGUCAGCGCCGGCUAUGCCCAACACGGGACGCACUCUGAAGCUAUAGCCGUUGUUGCCCUGAUUUUCCUCUACAACGCAAUGUACAGCGUUAUGCAGCCAUUGACCUACACCUACGUCACCGAAAUAUUCCCCUUUGUGCACCGUGCCAAAGGAAUUGCUAUCUUGCAGAUCUUUACACGUGGAAGCACUGCGUUCAAUUCCUUCGUGAAUCCUAUUGGUAUGGAUGAUCUUGGAUGGAAAUUUUACCUGGUCUAUGUGGUCUGGCUGGUUGUCGAGACGACAAUCAUCUUCUUCCUAUAUCCCGAGACUAAGGGGCCAACUCUUGAAGAGAUUUCACAAAUCUUUGAUGGGCCCAAGCUAGGCGGAGACGAAAAGAUCGGAGAUGAUGAAAAACAGGAAGUUAGCCAUAUUGAUAUAAAGGCAGAGAUAAAGGCUGGGUAG